AUGUCAGGAUCGACGCAGUCUCUACACAGGCGGCUGAGCGACCAGACGCUAUACCUACUCUCCGGAGGUGAUGCUGCCGACAGCGCCAUGUUCGCCGACGAACCUUUCGCCAUGGACACGGCGCCGUACUCUAUCACCACACCCGUGGUCAUCACCAGGCCCAAGUUAAGGCAAGACAUCACAGCAACAUCGGCAUUGAAAGCACAGGACUUCCAGGUCUGCGUGACAAUUAUCGAAGGUCGACAUCUCGCCGGUCUCAACAUGGAUCCAGUUAUAUGUGUGCAAGUUGGCGACCAGAAGAAGUACACCUCAGUCAAGGAAUCAACCAACUGUCCAUACUACAACGAGUACUUUGUCUUCGAUUUCCACAUGGCACCGUCAAUGCUGUUCGACAAAAUCGUUACACUAACGGCGUUACACAACCGGAACAUCAUACGCUCGGGAAAAGUUAUCGGCACCUUCAAGUUGGACGUUGGAACCGUCUUCAACCAGCCAGAGCACCAGUUCUAUCACAAGUGGGCCGUCCUUACGGACCCGGAUGACAUGACGGCUGGCCCCAAGGGAUAUAUCAAGUGCGACAUAUCCGUCGUCGGCAAAGGGGACACGAUAAAGCCAGCGCCCAAGAAGGAAACAGAUGAUGACGACAUAGAAGGCAACCUACUCCUGCCGGACGGCGUCCCCGCCGAGCGCCAGCAUGCUCGGUUCAUUGUACGCGUGUACCGGGCGGACGGCCUUCCCCGGGUCAACUCUGGCCUGGUCGCGAACGUCAAGAGGGCCUUCUCGGGCGAGACCCGAGAGCUCAUCGACCCCUACGUGCAGGUCUCAUUCGCAGGGCUCACCGGGCGAACUGCGGUGAAGAAGUCCUGUUGUUCCCCCGUAUGGAACGAGCAGCUGGUGUUUACGGAAAUGUUCCCGCCGCUGUGCCAGCGAAUCAAGAUCCAGCUGAGAGAUAACGAUGCCGUGAAUGACACUGUGGUCGCUACGCACUUCCUCGAGAUGUCCAAGAUUGCCAACGAAGGCGAUAAAGGCUUCCUUCCGACGUUCGGCCCCUCUUUCAUCUACCUGUAUGGAUCGACGCGCGAAAAGUCGCUCUUCGAGGAGCACGCGCCGCUGAACGACGGCCUCGGCGAAGGAGUCAUGUACCGGGGACGACUCCUUAUCGCCAUGCGCACCGAGAUCUUCGACGCGCUCGACAUGACGCAAUCAAGCGUCGAGCUGGAACCCACGCCGCCAGUGAACGAAGCCUCCUACGCGAAGAACGAAAAUUUCCUUCUGUUCGGUGCAAUCCUGGAAGCAUCCAUGAUCGACCGGAAAGUUGGCGAGAAGCCCAUCUACUUUGAACUGAGCAUAGGCAAUUCUGGCAACACGCUGGACGGCGCGAGCAAGUGGAAGGACGACUCGCUCGAGUCUGCCAGUGGAAGCGGCAGCGACGAGAGGGCAGCGCUGCUCGAGUCCGUGGUCGUCGAGCCGGUCAUCUCGCACUCGACCAGCCACCCGGUCAAGCCCAUCACCUCGGACAGGUAUUACUACCACCUACCGUACGGAGACAACAAGCCCUGCCUGUGGGUGAAGAGCUCGUGGCAAGACUACCGAAGGCGCCUCUACAACUCCAACAUGAUCCUCCGGGUCAAAGAGAAGCUCGAAGCCGGUCUCGCGGACAUUCAAGAAAUGAUACGUCUCGAAAAAUCUCACACCGACCGUCGUUUGAGAGGUGUGCUCGAAGAACUCUACACCGGAGCCGAGCGUUAUCUGAACCAAGCAAAGAGCCAAGGUCCCACUGGUAAGACGAAGCUUGACAAGGAGCGCCUCAGGCACUGCCAACGAGAAAUGGAUCACGUUCGGAGUAUGGCACGGACUAUGAAAGCGCUGGUCACAAAAAAUUCGUUCAAGGAGAAACUGAGGAGUACCUACACUCUCCUGCAGAAGAUGGGGGACCUUGUCGACGAUCCUCAACAUGCCCUGCCUGAUGUUUUCGUGUGGAUGAUAAGCGGUGGCAAGCGGGUCGCCUACCACCGCAUACCAGCGAGAGAUCUUAUCUACUCGAUUAUUGAAGAAGAGACUGGCAAGUUCUGCGGCAAAGUGCAGACGCUUUUCCUCAAGCCUGGCAAGAAAGUCAGCCAGAGCGCACGCUGGAUGGUUCAAGCCAAGCUGCGCAUGCAUCUCUGGCUGGGCACCACCAAGCACAAGCAUUGCGUACUCAAGGGAUUGCCCGAGGGCUACGUCAAGGACGUCGAGGACAUUGACAAGGGGCCGCCAUCGCAACUUCAUUACACGG